AUGGACGUGGACGUGGACGUGGACGUGGACAUGGACGUGGACGUGGACGUGGACAUGGACGUGGACGUGGACGUGGACGUGGACGUGGACGUGGACGUGGACAUGGACGUGGACGUGGACGUGGACGUGGACGUGGACGUGGACGUGGACGUGGACGUGGACGUGGACAUGGACGUGGACGUGGACAUGGACGUGGACGUGGACAUGGACGUGGACGUGGACAUGGACGUGGACGUGGACGUGGACGUGGACGUGGACAUGGACGUGGACGUGGACGUGGACGUGGACGUGGACGUGGACAUGGACGUGGACGUGGACGUGGACGUGGACGUGGACAUGGACGUGGACGUGGACGUGGACGUGGACGUGGACAUGGACGUGGACGUGGACAAGGACGUGGACGUGGACAUGGACGUGGACGUGGACGUGGACGUGGACAUGGACGUGGACGUGGACGUGGACAUGGACGUGGACGUGGACGUGGACGUGGACGUGGACGUGGACGUGGACGUGGACGUGGACGUGGACGUGGACGUGGACGUGGACGUGGACGUGGACGUGGACGUGGACGUGGACGUGGACGUGGACGUGGACAUGGACGUGGACGUGGACAUGGACGUGGACGUGGACGUGGACGUGGACGUGGACGUGGACGUGGACGUGGACGUGGACGUGGACGUGGACGUGGACGUGGACGUGGACGUGGACGUGGACGUGGACUUGGACGUGGACGUGGACGUGGACGUGGACGUGGACGUGGACGUGGACAUGGACGUGGACGUGGACGUGGACGUGGACAUGGACGUGGACGUGGACGUGGACGUGGACGUGGACGUGGACAUGGACGUGGACGUGGACAUGGACGUGGACGUGGACGUGGACGUGGACGUGGACGUGACGUGGACAUGGACGUGGACGUGGACGUGGACGUGGACGUGGACGUGGACGUGGACAUGGACGUGGACGUUGACAUGGACGUGGACGUGGACGUGGACGUGGACGUGGACGUGGACAUGGACGUGGACGUGGACGUGGACGUGGACAUGGACGUGGACGUGGACGUGGACGUGGACGUGGACGUGGACGUGGACGUGGACGUGGACGUGGACGUGGACAUGGACGUGGACGUGGACGUGGACGUGGACAUGGACGUGGACGUGGACGUGGACGUGGACGUGGACGUGGACGUGGACGUGGACGUGGACGUGGACGUGGACAUGGACGUGGACGUGGACGUGGACGUGGACGUGGACAUGGACGUGGACGUGGACGUGGACAUGGACGUGGACGUGGACGUGGACGUGGACGUGGACGUGGACAUGGACGUGGACGUGGACAUGGACGUGGACGUGGACAUGGACGUGGACGUGGACAUGGACGUGGACGUGGACGUGGACGUGGACGUGGACAUGGACGUGGACGUGGACGUGGACGUGGACGUGGACGUGGACAUGGACGUGGACGUGGACGUGGACGUGGACGUGGACAUGGACGUGGACGUGGACGUGGACGUGGACGUGGACAUGGACGUGGACGUGGACAUGGACGUGGACGUGGACAUGGACGUGGACGUGGACGUGGACGUGGACAUGGACGUGGACGUGGACGUGGACAUGGACGUGGACGUGGACGUGGACGUGGACGUGA